CGUUGGUGCUGUCUAAUCUAACGAUGGCGUCCACAGAUCAGUCCCUCUUGGACUUAACAGAUAAGGAAACCCGGGAGAAACUGUCGCUAUGGGACCGCCGUACCGAUGCCACGGCUCCCCUCACGGAGAAACAGAUGGACUCCGUCCUGGAGAUCCGAGCCGCGGCCGAAAAGCUCUCUGUGCCCUCUGAGCUACCCAUUGAGGACUUGUGUAGCCUGUCGUCUAGAUCCUUGCAGUCCCCUUUCACUGCGACUGUUCCCGAUUCAACAGAAGACAUCCUACUCAAAGGAUUUCAGAUGCUCAACAUGGAAAACAAUAGAAUAGAAACUGCACAACAGUUUUUUGCCUGGUUUGCCAAGCUGCAGGCAAACAUGGACCAGGACGAGAAUGCAAAAUACAGGAAAACCAGAGAUGAUCUAAACUGCUACCAGGAUCACUGUGAUGUUAUACUAAAAGAUGUCAACACAGCUCUUGAGCACUUGGAUUCCCUUCAGAAACAGUACCUGUUUGUGUCCAGUAAGACUGGCGCCCUACAUGAGGCCUGUGAACAGCUUCUUAAAGAACAGGCAGAACUUGUUGACCUGGCAGAAAGCAUACAGCAGAAACUGUCAUAUUUUAAUGAGUUAGAAAACAUAAACACGAAACUGAACUCACCAACCUUGUCUGUAAAUAGUGAAGGUUUUAUACCAAUGCUGUCUAAGUUGGAUGACUGCAUUGAAUACGUUUCAUCACAUCCAAAUUUCAAGGACUAUCCUGUUUAUUUGGCCAAAUUUAAACAAUGUCUCUCUAAAGCUAUGCACUUCAUGAAGAUUCACAUUGUAAACACUAUGCAAAACCUCACAAGCCAGUUAACAAAAAGGGAUCCAAUGGGUUUAACUAAUGCAGACAAUGCCUUUACCCUUUACUAUGUAAAGUUCAGAGCAGCUUCACCCAAAGUUCGGUCAUUGAUUGAACAGAUAGAGCAGCGAGCAGAGAAGAUUCCAGAAUACCAUCAGCUUCUUGAUGAAGUUCAUCAGUGUUAUCUUGAUCAAAGAGAGCAGCUCUUAAGUCCCUGCAUUACAUCCACCAUUACUGACUUGACCAGCCAGAACAGCAAAGACCACUGUGCUUUGGUUCGCAGUGGCUGUGCCUUUAUGGUUCACGUGUGUCAGGAUGAACACCAGCUGUACAAUGAGUUCUUCUCCAAACCUACACCUAAACUAGAUGAGCUGCUGGAGAAGCUGUGUUUGUCCCUGUAUGAUGUCCUUCGGCCUCUGAUAAUUCACAUCAUCCACCUGGAAACCCUGUCUGAGCUCUGUAGCAUCCUCAAGAAUGAGAUGUUGGAAGAUCAUGUUCAAAAUAAUGCUGCUCAGCUGGGGGCCUUUGAUGCCGUUGUGAAGCAGAUGCUGGAGGACGUUCAGGAGAGGCUGGUCUAUAGGACUCACAUUUAUAUCCAGACCGAUAUCAUAGGCUACAAACCAGCUCCAGGGGAUCUGGCUUACCCUGAAAAACUGGAGAUGAUGGAGAAAAUUGCUCAGAGCUUGAAGGAAGAGCAGAUGAAGCAGAUGUCACAGGAGUCCGUUUUUUCUGAUGUACAGCUUGACGAUUCUAGUGGAAGAAGAAACAGCAGCGCUGGCAAAGUAGAAGCAUCUCGCCUCCAGACAUCCGUCUCUCCUGCAGAUCUGCAUGGCAUGUGGUACCCUACUGUCAGACGAACACUGGUUUGUCUGUCCAAGCUCUACAGAUGUAUUGAUAAAGCAGUCUUCCAGGGUUUAUCUCAAGAAGCCUUAUCUGCCUGCAUCCAGUCCCUGCUUAAAGCUUCUGAUAUCAUCCUUAAAAACAAGACACAAAUAGAUGGGCAACUUUUCCUGAUCAAGCACCUGCUGAUAAUGCGUGAACAGAUUGCCCCAUUUCACACCGAUUUUGCCAUCAAGGAAAUCUCACUGGACCUGAAAAAAACGCGAGAUGCUGCCUUCAAAAUCCUGAACCCUAAGGCUGUUCCCAAAUUCUUCCGACUUAACAGUCACAACGCCAUACUUGAAUUCCUGUUGGAGGGAACACCAGAGAUAAAGGAGCACUACAUUGACUCUAAGAAGGAUGUGGACCGACACCUGAAGUUCAGCUGUGAGCAGUUUAUUCAGCAGCAGACUCAGAUCUUUGUGGGGAACCUUGAGGAGUUUCUCACCAAGGUUGCAGCUCUUAAAACUAUGGCUAUCCAAGGUGGUCCCACGUACAGUCUGUCUCAGCAACCUUGGGCACAGCCAGCAAAGAUCAACGAUAUAGUGAUGGCUACCUACCGUGUGAUGAAGAGCAAGCUGCCAAGCACUUUACAGAGCAUGUCCUUGUACUUGGCCAAUAGAGACACAGAGUUCAUCCUUUUCAAGCCUGUCCGGAAUAACAUCCAGCAGGUAUUCCAAAGACUGCACGCUUUGCUUCAGGAGGAAUACAGUGGAGAAGACCUUCAAAUCAUUGCAUGUCCAUCUAUGGAGCAGAUUAACCUGCUGCUGUCUGUGAAUAAGUAAUGUGGGGUGUAAGGAUGCUGAUUUAACUGCCUCUGGAUAGUGAUGGGCUGCUCCAGCGCCGGCCAUGACCAGGAGCUUUGAGGUUGAGUGGGCGAGAUGACCAGAAGACUGCACCUGAGCUGCAUGCUGGAGCAGGAGAACUGAACCAACAGCAAAAAAAAAAAGAAAAAUCAGCACAGGGCCAAAGAAUUUCCUAUAGAAACUCAAGUAUGAAGGGGGUUCAGGUGAAGUCUACACACAAACUGGGAAGUGGAGAUUAUCCUCUGGGGUACUGAGUUGAUCAUUUUGUUUGACUAAAAUUAAAUGUGGUGUUGGGGGUUUUAAGGUUGCUUUGCUGUACAACAAAUCCAUUUUGAAAAGGGCGGAUUUGUGAUUACAGUUGCAUCUCUCUGUACACCAAAUCGAAUUUGCACACUCUGUGAUGGUGGGGUGCAGGCAGCGGCGCUUCAGGUGCACAAAUGGAGCCACUAAGCAGUCGCUCAUCAGCGCAGGUAGCUAACAGCCAGUAAAAGGGGCUCACAUUCAGAGCUCCCUUGAGUGGUUUGGAAGGGUAAGAGAAAAAUGCUGCAAAAUGUUUUAUUCAUCUAUUUUAAACUGUAAGAGUCUUUGUAACACGGUUAACAGAAAUAUGAUGACCUGUAGUACGUGUGUCUCAGAUCCAACAAAGUUUUCCCCUCUAAUCAACGGAAAAUCCAAGCAGCUGUUUUUUCACCUCCUUACAAAUUGUUUUCUUAUUUCUAUUGCAAGUGUGUAAAGACAAUGGAAUGUUAUGUUUUAUACUUUUUCCUUUUAUAACUAAGUUUAUUAAAACAAAUAUACUUCUACUCUAUCACAAUAAUAGACUGUUGGGAGCUGUGCCCUGUACAUGACUUGUGGGUAUGUUUCCUGCAAAGUAACAAAAGUAAUAGGACGUUAUACAUGUAACUUUUGCGUUGCUCUGUCCCAUGUAAAAUGAUGUGUACAGUUAUUAUAUUUAAGGACAUUCUGAUUUACAAAAAAAAAAGUUGAUGAUCUUCGGCUUGUUCUAUAAAGCUCUUUGUCACUGAAUUCAAAUUCGGAGCACACUGCAGCUUUAGUCACUUCAAACAAAUGAGAAACUGCCAUUCAAGGACAUCAUCGGCUUUAGGGGGUCUUCUUGGCAGACCGUUGCUGUUUCACUGGCAGCUGCCGUCUUUCCAUCUGAGAGAUGAAGCUUUGCUGGGGCUUGACCUUCCAUGGACUGACAGGCUUUUGAUAGGUGAUGAGGGACUGGAUGUUCUGGAGCAGGACAUUGAUCUCUGCACUCUUCUGCUGCAGAUACCUCUGAAGCAUGUCAGGCUCUGGCAGCAUUAGACCUUUGCCUUGAUUCAGCUGCGACAGCAAGGCAGUAGAAAGGAGAAUCAAUGCUUUGGUCUAAAAUUAGGUUUGCUCUUCGUAUCUUGUAUUCCUGCAAUUCCUAAAAAAUUAUAAUAAUAACACAAGCCACAGUAACUUACUUUCAGGUUUGUCCAAACUUUACACUGACUUUAUCAGUGUUUUGGAUUGAAUGCAGUUGUGUCGGGCAGAAGUGCUGUCACUGAAACACUACAUGAUGCUUAUUGUCAAGACAGCUCCGGUGUUUUGCUUUUGUUUUGUUUUCCUUAAAUUUUUUUGAGUUACUACAGUACGUGCCUCCACAUGAAGUCAGAUUUACCCUUAUAAAGAGAAGCAGCGGCUGAACAAUAAACCCCUCAGGGGUCUUACUGUCUCUUCCAGAUCGUUUGUCAUUUCCUUCUGCUGCCAAGUUUGUCAAUAAUUGAACAGUGAAACUUGAAAUUCUUCAACAGAAACAUGCUGAGAACAAAACAGAAUUUAAUUAUAAAGUAA